AUGUUUCCCAAGCGUUUAAAGGACCCCAAAACAGGUUUUCAUAUGUUGAGUUCAAUUAGUGCAAAAAAAUACAUGAAUAAAAUCGGGGUAGAAAGUGAAGACUACUACUUCUAUAAACAAGUUGGAAAGGCCUUACUUUGCACCUACACCAUACUUGGUGCUUUAUGGAUUUACAACGAUAAUUCACCAACGGAGUGGUGGAGGAAGAAGUCACCACAGCUAAAGGAGAAGCUUGAGCAAGCAAAUUUGUACCCUAGUGAUGUAGAAUCAGUGAAGGAAUUCGUAGCCAAAGGAAAGAUGAUUGGAGCCACCCUAAAAGGGUUGAUUGAAAGUGAUAAGGAUGAAUGUGGAUGCGAGGAGAUACAAAGAAAGAAGGUUGAUGAAGAAGCUCAGAAGAUGUGGUUGAAGAUGAAGAAUGAGGUCGUUGCCGAGCUUCGAGAAAAGGGCAUUGAUGUGGAGUGA